AUGGUAAAGAAGAUAUACCACAAGAAGAAUGUUCAUAGUUGGCGCGACUUAGAUGGCCGAGCAGAACCUCUCCACGCUCGCCCAUGUCCUCUCAAGCCGCCCAACACACCAUCCCAUCUCAUUCCAUCUGCAUCUCACCCAUCCCACCUCACCACACUUGCAUUCCAUACACUACCAUCAUUCCACUGCAUUCACCAUUCUUCAAGUAACACCAAAUCAGCCCACGCCUGUGAAGGUUCACGCUCAUCCGGAAUCACACAGAAACUAGAUGAACGCCUUCACCCGGGCACUACAGUCCAUCGCGGUACCCGGUUCAUCCUCCCAUCUAUUGGCCUUACUGGCGCACCAUGCCAAUGUCUGGUUGGAUCCCAUAUCGUCAUAUGGUACCAUACUCGGCCAAGGCAGCUGACCAGGUUAUCCUCCGAGUCUUCCUCCCUUCAUGCACAGCCUCCACGCUGCCAAUCCGGUUGGGCUCUGACGUGCGAGAAUGCGCUUGACUACACCUUCCUAAACAACAUGUGGUUAGACACGCCACAUGUUCUCAGUACUUAG